UUCAGUUUUACUAUUUAGUAACCGAAAAUGACUUCACCGCGGUGGUGGCUCCUGGUUCUAGCUUUAUUUGGUGCAACAAAAGGAGAAUGGAACACGAAGGACUACAUGAAACGAGAACAUUCCUUAAUCCGACCGUAUCAAGCCGCAGGAAUGACGAUACCCUAUUGGGACUUUGGUGGAAGUACAAUGGUCACAAAUAAUUAUGUCAGACUAACGCCUGACCUUCAGAGCAAGCAAGGAUCUUUAUGGAAUUCUGUGCCAUGUCACGUCAGGAAUUGGGAGCUGCAAGUGCACUUCAAAGUCCACGGAGCUGGGAAAGACCUCUUUGGUGACGGUUUUGCAAUUUGGUACGCCAAAGAUAGGAUGGAACUUGGCCCAGUUUUUGGAAACAAGGACUUUUUCCAAGGACUUGCUAUUAUUCUGGAUACUUACAGUAACCACAAUGGGCCCCAUAACCAUCAACACCCGUACAUUUCUGCAAUGGUAAAUAAUGGUUCGCUGCACUAUGACCAUGACCGUGACGGAACUCACACGCAGUUGGAAGGCUGCGAGGCUAAAUUUAGAAACCUUGACCACGAUACACACAUCGCUAUAAGAUAUGAAAAAGAUACUCUUACCGUGUCGACCGACAUUGCCAACAAGGCUGCAUGGAAGGAAUGUCUCUCCGUCAAGGGUAUUAGGCUUCCAACAGGAUAUUAUUUUGGGAUCUCUGCUACAACUGGAGAUCUUUCGGACAAUCAUGACGUCAUUUCAGUUAGGUUAUUCGAGUUGGACCUCCCCAAUGACGUAAAAGACAACGAAGACAGAUCGAACAUCUUGCCAUCGGCGACGUACUUCGAGUCUCCGAGAGAACACGUCGAUGACCCCAAACCGUCUUCCAUGAGUGGUAUAAAAAUGUUUUUCCUUAUGCUCGUGGCAGCAUUGGCUCUGAUCACAGCUGUAGUAAUUGGUAUAAUGUACUACCAGAAGCAUCAAGAAAAUAGCCGGAAGAGAUUCUAUUGAGCGACUCAAUUAUUCUGUUGCGUAAGUCGGUAGCAUACGUAUGCGUUUAACUUUGAAUCUACUAAAGCUUUCGGUGUUUUAUGAGAAGAGCACAACGUUACAUGACUGAAUGAAAAUGUGGUAACUAAACAAUCGUGAGCUGCUAGGUGAAAGCCCGCCGCGGUAACUCGGCAUCGUAACCUAUAAAACAUGAGUCAUUAAAAUCUAACUUAUUCCAAACACACUAACAGUCAACCGUAAACCCGGUUUGUGAUAAAAAUAUAAUCCACUCCUCGAAUUUUAAUUAAAGUGUUAAUGAUCUCUUGAUUAACGAACCCAAAUAACGAACUGUAUGAUUGAAGUAUAAAAAUAUCAUCGCGAAUAUCAUGUUAUCAUUACGAGAGCUGCAUGUAUUUGCAAGUUACUCUGAAUGUUGGUCCACUGUCACCACCGAUAUCAGGUAAAAAUAAAUUAUCAAUAUUAAGCAAAGGAAAAAAAAAUUAACUACAUUCCCAUAUUCGUAUCGUCAAGUCCAAAGUUUCAAUUUGCCAUUUUGCUACAAUCUGCGAACAUUUGGCGAUCCAAAUCCAUAAAUUCACAUCAAAUUCAUUAACCGAGACAAAUCUAAUAAGUUGCCCAGCGGCAAGUUGUUUUGCGGAAUCAGAAUUAAAUAUAAAAUAAUAAUUGAAGGUAAAUAAAGUGAAUGUGAAAAUUUAAAAACUAUUAGUUCCGUAAUUCAGAAACCGAUAUUUGUAUAUAAAUUCUACGCCAGACAUCACACGUAUAUGCAUUAAAAGAGAAACAUAAAAAAGAAGACUUUCGAGGUUAAAAUGUAAAAAUGAUGAUACAAUGUUUGACAGAUGAUGUUUUCCAAUAAAACUUUGUACAAACGUU